AUGAUCCAGAAGUUUGCAAUUGGAAGGAAUAUUGCUGAAGUUUGGGAAAACACAGAAGAGUUUUGUCCUAAAAGAUUCAUCGACAAUUCAUCAAUUGAGUGGAAAGGGCAAGAUUUGGAGCUGAUACCAUUUGGAGCUGGUAGAAGGAUUUGUCCAGGUUUAAACAUGGGAGAAGCGACCGUGGAGCUUGCACUUGCUAAUCUUCUUUACAAAUUUGAUUGGGAAAUGCCGAUCGGGAUGAAGAGGGAAGACAUAGACACUGAGGUUAUACCUGGGAUUUCUAUGCGCAAAAAGAAUCCUCUCAUGCUUUUGGCAAAGGAGAGCAUAAAAUUUGAUGAGGGCUUACCUUCACACACAUCAUACAUAUGGUUUGUUUUGGGUUGUCUGGUUUCCUUGGAUAAGGAGGAUCUGCACGGCUUUGUUUCGCCCAACUAA